CAUAACCUCGCAAACUCUCGUGAGUGCGAAACUUCCGCGGUAAAAGGAUUCCAAUCAACCGCCUCGAAGAAACUUGAAGAUAAUGUGUUAACGAAGACUGGAAGGAGCAACAUCGAUCAGUAUGCUCUCGCAGGUUGCGAGGAUUGUCCUCGCGUCAAGUGUCUCGACGUUGAAGCAACAGCCGUACAAAAUUGACAGUCCGCUGUUAGGGUGCCUCAUCAACGCCGUUCACACGAGCGAGUACCGACGAAAUAAUGACGAGAAGCCAUCAGCUCUCGUACUGCAAUCUUUCGCAAACGUCGAGAACAAGCAAAAAGAGACUUAUUUGGAUGUGAUACGUCAGUACAAGAGCCACAAUGAUAUGCGACACGGCCACGUGGAGUUCAUUCGGAUCGCGCUCAAGUACAUGGACGAGUUCGGCGUGAAUCGUGACCUGGCGGUGUACAAGGCUCUGCUGGACGUGCUGCCCAAGGGUAAGUUCAUCCCCAGGUUCUACUUUCAAACCAUGAUUCCGCACUAUCCCAAGCAGCAGCACGCGGCAAUCGAUAUACUGUGCAAGAUGGAACACAAUUGCGUGAUGCCGGAUCUGGAGAUCCAGAACAUGCUGCUGAAUAUCUUUGGCAUACACGGGGAACCGUUGAAGAAGUUCUGGCGAAUGAUGUACUGGAUGCCCAAGUUUGCCAAUUUGAAUCCCUGGCCCUGUCCCAGACCCGCGCCCAAAGAUCCUCGAGUGCUCGCUAGACUCGCGAUACGCAAGAUAACCAGUGUGGACGUGAAGACCAAGAUCACAGAAUUCGUGACGAAAGAUGUGGAGGAUGCUAUUGAGAACACGUGGAUUGUGUCUGCUAUGAGCAGCGACCAGCAGAGACUGCUGCAAACGCAAUCCCCUAACAAUCCACUGUUUGUAGAAGGACCUUACACAGUUUGGGUCGCUGAUCAGUGUAUAGACUAUUUUGUGCUGAGAGGAGAUGCAAAAGAGAUAAAAAAUGAUUACCAAGACAUUGAUGAUGUUUCAAAUAUCAGAAUACCUUUUUGGGACGGAAAAGAAAUAGCCGUAGCUCCUACUGUUCACGAACAGAACGACGGCACAUACUUCGCCAUGUGUGCCACUGGCACAUCCACGAAAGAUUCUUUAUUAUCGUGGAUACGUUGCUUGCAAAAGGAAAAUCCCGCGCUGGACAAAAUUCCUGUGGUAUUCAAACUGGCAUCGUCCACUAGGGAACAGGUGUUCAUCAACGAAAAGGAAAACGAGGACGAUCUUGUGCAAAGGAUUGAUGUUACGGAUCAAAAAAAUUGAUUGAAAACAAGUUACGAUAUAUAUAAGAACUAGAGUUUAGAAUAUCACUGAUGUAUCAUCGAUGCGCUUGUAAAUAGAUUUCGUGUAAAAUGUAGUAUGUUUUUACGAUUGAGGAUAUUGAUUUCUUCGUUUUACUUAUUAUAAAUAAAUUUCUUGCUCUCAGGAAAAAUAAUGCACACAUGAAAUAUAUAUGUACAAAUCUAAUAUCUUACGUUUAUUAUUCCUCUUAGCAACAUUAUUAAAAUCUUUAAUAACAAAUCUGUUAGAUCUGUUUACUAAAUUUAUUUACGGUUUUAUUUGAUUUAUAAAAAUAUUGAGUUGUAAUAUUACAUUAUACAUCUACCGAGAGGAUUUAUGUGAAAAAAUAAGGUAAACGGCAUAUGUAGAAAGUUAAUAUAAUUUAUUAUGUGCAAUCGUAGUUUGCUUGGUUCGCUUUUCUAGUGAUAAAAUAAAUCGCACACACACACACACACACAUACAUACAUACACACAAUCGCCCCCAUCCAACGUGUCAUAUUGCACCGAUUUGCCAUUUUUAUUUCCUGUAAAUAUAUAUGUAUAUUGCAGUUAAAAAAAAUAUAUUUAAAAAAAAUAUAAUACAAUUUUUUGCACAGAUAUAUAUAUAUACGAUAUCGCAUACACAUAUACAUAUAUGUGUACAAUUUUCUUGGAAUCGCGUUGUCCUUUGACAACACUACUCCGUUAAACGUGUUAAAUCUAAGUUGUUUCUUAAGAAGACACACUGUUUCAAUUGUCGCAAAUUAAAAUACGUAGCAGCAACUUUUUCUCUUCGUUCUAUAUAAAAAUCUGUCUAUGUAAACUUCUACGAUCUGUCGUUGAAGAAAAAAGACAAAAGUGAAGCCUACCUACGACCUGCGUAAGUUGUUUUAAUCUAAUGUUGUUUAAAAAAAAAAAAAAAAAAAAAAACAACGUUUUAAAUUAAGUCUUCCUAAAGUAAACUAUACAAUACUGUACUCUUUCCUAAAUUUGCGACACUGGGGAUUCUACAAAAAGCGACGAUCGUGUAACCUUGAUCAAUUUUUGAUGGACAGGCUGUGUAUAGAACGUGCCUCGUAUAAUGCUGUUUAUUGCGUCGGUUUUACGACCUUUUUAUACGUCAAUAAUUCAUCACGACGCGAACUCUAGCACCUACUUACAGCACUAAAAAUAGGAAACUUGAUAAUGACAAUUGCGAAUAUUCUAUUUCACGCCACGUGAUAAUCGAGAGAGAAAGAUAGAUUCUGUUAGAAGAAAUUCAAAAGUUUUUAUAAUAAAUCCCAGACGUUUAUGCAAAUGUAUAUCUCGGUAUAUAAAUUAAAAUUGAAGUAGAUUACAAAUAGAAAAUUACAUUUUUAUAUGUUGACACAUUGAAAAACAAUUGCAUCUUUUAAACGUAUCUCGAUUGUAACUCAGUUUGAUCAAUUUGUUUUUCUAUAGUGAAAUAUUAAUUUGCAUAAACAGUGAUUUAAUAUUGUAAAUAAUCAUGUUUCGUUGCUAUGUGUCAUAUAGUAUCAUACAAUUAAUAUACAAUUAUCUUACUCAACAAAUACUUUUGCAAACAAAUACUGUCAAAAACUUGCUAAUCGCUAAACAAUGCACCAGCUCUCUUAAACUUGUCCUACAAUUUCAGGCUUCGUACGACUGAGGCACCAUCCUCGCACCUUGAUUGUCUGACGAAGAUUGCCAGAAACAAUAUAAAAAAAAAAACCUCCUUAUUAAACUUCCUAAACUGAUUAAUGUUUCAAUUUAAUAAGUCACGUUUGAAUGUCGGCAAUAUCGAUUGUUACUCAAUAUAUUCGUUAUCGCGAAUGUUGCAAGAAUUGAUUGCGCGUAAUAAAUUCACACAACAUCGCUCGACGAGAAGUAACUAACAAUAAAUUUAAGUAACAAUAUAUUGCGCUUUGAAUUAGCUGUAAGCGUUAAUAAUGAAUUGUUUUAAGUACAAAAUGUAAAAGUACGUUGGCCACAAGACCAAUAAAUGCAGACUUCGGCUUUUUAACAAACGUUUCGAUAUCGAUUCCGAAAUUCUAAUCAAGAUCAAGCGAAUAAUUUAAGCAGUAGUUCACGUUAAAAAGCAUUUUUUAAAUAUCCACACGUAUAUAUGUAUAAUAUAUUUAAUAUAUACCUAUCUUUUA